UCGGGAUGUCCGGUGAUGACUUUCAGCCUUAGUUACACCGAAGGGGAAAACGCGGAAGAGGGGGAAACCCUACAGGAUGAUUUAGUGGCAGCCCAGCCUCCUCUCCAAGGAGAGGUGCUUUCCGAGCGACUUUCUCGGUCCCCAUCGCUGGCCCCUUUAAGAAGCCCAAUCAGUCCGACUGCGGCUGUUUGUAUUGCUAAUCCCCAGGAGCCCCGUUUAAAAAAAAAUACAAGGAAGAAGAAAGAGGAGGGGGGACCGGGCAGCUGUCUCUUUAAAUGCAGCGCGGUGACUGUCCUUGAGAGCGGAGGGGCGAGCUCGCCGCCGGAGCGCCCGAGCAAGAGGAGGCGCCGGAGCGGCGGCGGCGGAGGCGGAGGCGCGCGAGCACCCGAGGGGGUCCGAGCCCCGGCAGUCUGUCAGCCCCGCGCCACAAAGGGAGCGCCCCCGCCGCCCGGCACGCCGCCCCCCUCCCCAAUGUCCUCGGCCAUCGAGAGGAAGAGCCUGGACCCGUCCGAGGAGCCAGUGGAUGAGGUGCUCCAGAUCCCUCCAUCCCUGCUGACAUGCGGUGGCUGCCAGCAGAACAUCGGGGACCGCUACUUCCUGAAGGCCAUCGAUCAGUACUGGCACGAGGACUGUCUCAGCUGCGACCUGUGUGGCUGCCGCCUGGGUGAGGUGGGCCGGCGUCUCUACUACAAGCUGGGCCGGAAGCUGUGCCGGAGGGACUAUCUCAGGCUCUUUGGACAAGAUGGUCUGUGUGCAUCCUGCGACAAGCGGAUCCGUGCCUAUGAGAUGACCAUGCGGGUGAAAGACAAAGUGUACCACCUGGAGUGUUUCAAAUGUGCCGCCUGUCAGAAGCACUUCUGUGUUGGCGACAGAUACCUCCUCAUCAACUCCGACAUCGUGUGUGAGCAGGACAUCUACGAGUGGACUAAGAUCAACGGGAUGAUAUAGGCCAGAGGCCCCGGGAUGGUGUUUGUUGAAGACGCUGUCUGUGCGGCGUCUUCACUCUUAGGCGCUGUGGGGAUUUGCGGGUGGGGUGAGAUAUUUCUGCGGGGAUGGUGCAGACUUACUGGGAACCAAGACAGAGCCUCCGAGGGAUGUAACGAAAGGGCCAAGACUUCAGUGUGACAAAAGAAUCAGCCCUGUUAGAACUUCUGGUCACCACCUGUCCAUAGUAACUGACAUGAGUAGUGGAAGGAAGGAACACUUAGGGACAACCAGGCACUGCCAUCGUGAGGGGCUCUCCCAUCUACCAAUGGGAGGUGCUACAUAGGGACGGCUUGUUAUGAUUUUGAGGCUUGCAAACUAGAGACGCGCAACUGAUUUCUUCCUGGCUUCUGUAACAACUCUGUUCCAGUCACUGUCCUUACGCAAGGGAAGGGCAGGCAGGCAAGUGCCCCCCCCCUCUCUUGGCCAUCUUCCCAAGGCCUUAAGCUUGGGGCCCAAGAGCAACUGCAUGGAGACACAUUUCAGUUGGGAAUGAAAACCACAACUCUUAACCAAACACUUAUUUAAAGCAAUGCUGAGGAAUCACUUGGUUUUGAGGUGAGGAGUUCCAGAUUGUUUCUAUACGAAUGUAAAUCUAAGAAAUCAAAGUUGUUCAACUAUUUUAUUAUCUUGGAUUAUAUCAAAGUAUUUGUUGUGUGUAGUAAAAUAAAAAAACCCCACCUCUGCAGACUUAAUAAAAACAACUGACUAAAA